AGCCGUGGAGUAGCGGUUUAGCUUUGUGUUGUGGUUUAGAUGUAGGCCGCUGCCUGCCUGUGGCAGUAAGUGCCUUGCUGCUAUGAUGUUUGAUUUCGAUGAGAGCCUCAAGCUUGCUAGCUGGGCUGCAGACUUCUCGCAGCAUCUUGCACGUGAGGAUGUGGAGCAAGCGCUGCCCGUUGCGACCAAGGCACUUGAGCAAGGUGAUGCGCGCGGAAAAGCUGUGGCUUAUAGUGCCAUUGCACGGGCGCAUCUUCUCGAACGGGAAUUCCUGAAAGCCGUUGAGGCAGCUCAGAAAGGCGUGCAAGCUGCUCAAGGCGACGCCGUGGCCAUGGCAGAGCGCACUGCUGCGAAGGCUUACUUGGCUGUCUUCCGCCUCGAUGAAGCUGCAGAAGCUGCCGACAAAGCAGUCUCGGCGGCGCAGGGCCCGGCGCAGGCGGCAGCGCUCACCACUCGUGCCCAGGUGUGCCUGGCACGGGACAAGAAACAGGAAGCUGCGAAGGUUGCCAGGCAAGCAGCCGCACUCUUCAAGGAGCAGAAAGAGCAGCAGGGCGAGGCUGCAGCCUUGGAAGUGCUGGUCCGAGCGUGCCUUGCUACCAAAAAGGGCGGCGACGCCCUGCGUGCUGCAAAUGAGGUGCUGGCCAUCUACCAGGGCAGUGCAAGCGCAAAUGAGGCGCGCGGUCUGCUGCUGGUCGCCAAGACCAAGCAGGCGCUCGGUGACUCGCAGGAAGCUCAAGAGCUCGCGCAGAACGCCGUGGAUAUUUUCGACAAAAACGGUGACCGACUUAUGCAGGGCAUCAUGUUGAAGCAGCUUGCCGACAUUUGUCUUGCAGGUGGUGAAAACAUCGAUGGAUGGCAGUACACCAGGGCAGCUUUGGAAUGCUUUCGGGAUGUGGGCCACAAGCGAGGAGAGGCGGCCACACUCUGUCAAAUCGCGGCUGCGCACGUCGAGACGGGUGUCUUGGAAGAGGCGUUGCGCAUCGCUGAUGAGGGAGUUGAAAUUUGUCGGCAAAGGAACGACAGGCCGCAGCUCGGUGCUACUCUGAACGUCAUAGCCAGCGCGCAUGUUGGUCAGCUUCGACUUGCGCGAAGCGACCAGCAGGAGCAACAGACCAAUUGGAAGGCAAGACUUGCGGGCAAGGAAGCAAUGGCUGUUCUCCAAAGUGUUGGAGAUCGUGUUGGCGAGGCCCAAGCUCUAAAAAGCUUGGCGACUGCUUUUCUCAACUAUGGAAAUGCAGCCGAGGCACGAGCAAAAGCAAAGCUGGCGAUCGAGAUUGCCAAGGAAGUUGGCAACAAGCAGAUCGAGGGCGAAAAUUUGCUGCUUGUGGCCCAGACAAAGAUCCAUGAGAACAAGGAGGAAGGCGCUCGCCUGGCGAGAAUGUCGGAGAAGCUGCUGAGAGAAGCAGGAGCGUCAUCCGCAGCCAGAAAUGCCGGUGAUGUUUACGACUUCAUCCGCGACUAUGGAGCUGCACCAAAGGAAAGCAAGAAGGACAAGCCCAAGAUGGAAGCGGAUACGAAGACUGACAUAACAGUUGACGUGGAGGAAAACAAGCACCGCCUUAGCUAUUUCCACGGUUUCACAGCCCGAUCGGUGCGUCCACGUGCAUAGGCUGAGGUCGCCAUGUCUUGUCAGCUGAAGCGCGGGCUAGGUGCCGCAAAGUAUAACUCUUCUCCGAUCCGGAAAAUAUGUGCAAACAGCACCGAUCUUCUUUGCAGUUAAACAGCUUGACCAGGUCAGAGUCUUAGCAUCUUCUAGCUGCC